CAUUUUGCUGAAUGUUGUUGCAUAUUAACACAACAGGCUUUUGAUGCUGAAGCAAAAUUAGGCAAACUGAAGCUAAAAUGACAUUCAAAUGCAUAGUUGUUGUGGUGCUGGUCAUUAUUGUGCAGGUACUUGCCGGCCAAAGCUACCAAGGGAGAUCAACGACCUCAGCUUGUAGCGUUGUUGCAGAGUCAUGUGAUACAAUGAUUAUGAAGUUGGAGUCGGUCCGUACAAUGAUUGAUGAGAAAGGUGAUGUCUGUGAUUGCGUGUGUCCUGAAGCAACACCUGUCGACUGUGCGGAGAUCAAACAACCAGUGGAGUUUAUUACAUCAAACCCAGAGGUUACCACAGUAAAUUCCAUGUUUAUUGUAACAUGCUUACUGAUGGGGGCAGUUGGACAGUUUUUCAACGCCGUAUGGAUGGGACUGUCAAAUUCAACACAACUUGGAAUAACUACAAAAAUGGUUUUGGGACUUUGAUGGAGGAGCACUGGCUUGGGAACGACUACCUACAUUAUCUGACAAGACAAGGCCUUUACACCCUACGUAUUGAUAUGGAGGACUGGAACGAUGCUAAGACCCAUGUAAAGUACUCAAAAUUUAAUAUCGAUGGAGAGGGCGACAACUACCGUGUAGACUUUGGAAUUUACCUCAGUGGAACCAUACUAGACCGACUCACGUAUCAUAAGAAACAACCAUUUUCAACUUUUGACCGAGACAAUGACAGUUCAUCAACAAAUUGUGCGGCACAUCACAGUGGCGGAUGGUGGUUUAAGUCUUGCGACGAAUGUAACCUUAAUGGUAAAUAUUAUUAUUCGGACAGAUAUACUGCUCCCCGCGAUAUCGGUAUCGAAUGGAAGGCAGGUUCUUAUUCAACUAAUACAUUCUAUUCGGUUAAAUACACAGAAAUGAAAGUGCGGCCAAUUGCCUACUAAAUUACUGCAGUAGCCGGACACCAUUUAUUCCAAAAUUAUGCUCACAUGUUUACAUAUUUACUUCAAAAAAACAUACAUUUCUCUUUAAUCACUGCACCAAAUAUGGUAUUGUCACUAAGCACCACCUAAUGCUUUUUUGAGAUACAUUCUAUUUCAAAUAAUGCGCUACAGUAAAAUGUUCUAAAAUGUUAUAAGUAACACAUCACUAAUUUGAUUAUACGGGACUUGCCAUGGAAAAACCAGUCCCGAUGGACAAAACAAGAACGUUAUAAUGUAUUCAUAUUCUCCACAUUACUAGCUUCAAAAUGAUGGGUCAUUUACUGGAAUCUACUUACUAUUGCCAAAGUUAUGAGUGAAAGUAUCCUACUAGUAUUUAUUACUCUGUCUUUAUACUGAAAUAACACUUUCAGUGCUAAAAAACUGAUUUCCAAAGUGGUUCGGUAUUGACCAAACAAAGAAAGCUAUUGAAGAAACAAAAUUAAAAACAAUUUCUUAAAAUAGUUAACAAUACAAUAAUUUACAUGGGAGAAUAAUAUGCAUAGUAGAGUAUACAAUACUGCCACAUUUGCUAAUUACUCAGUUUAGCAACAGUAUGCUGGUUUUGGGAUGGCAAGCCUCAUUUAUGGUAACUAUAUGAUGUAGAAAUGUUAA